AUGGCGUCGCCAGCUUCUCCUCGUCUGCCCAGUCCCCCACCCAUCGCCGAAGACCAGCUGUCACCGGUCCCAGCCUCUCCCGAGCAGCAGAAGUUCUUCAGCAACCUCGACCAUGCCGCCGCACGUCGGAUACGGCCGGGGACCAAGGCGGAGGACAUGGCCGAGGGCCCGCCACUGGUAGAGCUGUCCGAGAUCGACUCGGCCUUCCAGCUCACCGAACACCUCAAGGCUCUGCACAACUUCCUCACACAUCCCAUCGGUGCGAAUAGCAUGAUAGCCGUGGACAGAGACAUGGCGCUGAAGCUGGCACAACCGCCCGAGAACGUGGACAAGACGCUGUGGCUGUACGAACUGUGCCGCUUCCUCACACAAAAGGCCAACUUAAUCAUCGUUGCUCUCUUCUCAGACACGCCUCCAUGCUCGUCAAUCACCUGCCCGGAGAUGCGGGCGUCCGAGUGGCAGUACCUGUGCGCGGUACACGAUCCACCCAAGUCCUGCUGCGCCAUCGACUACUGCUGCCAUACCCUCGACUGGGCUGCCAACACUCUCACAUCGCCAAAGCACUUUCCCUCGCGACUCGCCCUCGGCACCGACCAGUCCACACAACACUCGCAGAUACGUCAAUUGACCAACAUUUUCAGACGAGUGUAUAGGAUAUUCGCGCACGCAUGGUUCCAGCACCGUGAGAUGUUUUGGAAGAUCGAGGGUCGUACGGGGCUGUACAUCCUCUUCAAGACGGUGUGCGAUGUUUAUGGCUUGAUCCCUGAGGACAACUACACCAUCCCUCCAGAGGCUGAGGGUAUUGAGCCGCCCACAGAAAACAUGUCGUCCAUACCACCCCUGAUACUGAAGCGAGAGCCAUCUGAUUCUGGGCCGCAAGAAAAAGAGAACUCUGCGAUCAUCGAAGGGCUGUCAGAGCACACACUUUCAACGGCUGGAACAACGAAGCGCCACCGACACUCGCCUUCCGUCGGCGCAACAUCUGUCACGACAGUUGUGGAAGAAGCUGAGGAAGAGGAGCAUGCAUCUGCAAAGGGAAGCUCGCGGCCGGCCACACAGGUGUUCGAGUCAACCCCAGAGGAGACCGAAGAAGGCGAAGCCGAGCAGCCCGAAGAGUCAACAAAAGCAGAGAGCGAACCUGAACUUACCGAGGAAACGGCGCCACAAGACCCUCGUGUUGAAGGCGAAAUUGAAGAUGCAAGUGCAGGAACCAAGGACGAAGACGAGGCUGAGGCUGAGGCUGAGGCUGAGCCUAAGGCUGAAGCCAAGGAGGAAGACAACGCGACCGAGGAACGGGCUGCAGCAGAGGAACCUGCUGCUUCUGAUUUCCUGGCGCUGGCUCCUGAAGAGCACCAGACUACCAAGGACGAGAGCGAGAAGCCUGCAGAGUCGACGGAGAAGGCGGAGAAGAAAGAAUUAACAACAGAGGCAGAAACGGAGAAAGACGACGCGGCCCCGGAACCAGCUGAUAAAGCCGAUAAGGCUGACGAGCCCCAAGAGAAAAAGGAGGCAGAUGCAUGA